AUGGAUUUCAGAAAAAUUUUUCUUUGGUCAGACUCCACUAUAACUCUUCAGUGGAUAAAAACUGAGCCUCACACUCAACCUACCUUCAUCGCUAAUCGAAUCGCGGUAAUCCAGAAACUCACACCAUCUUGCGAGUGGAGAAAUGUCCCCUCCCAAGACAACUCCGCAGACAUGGUAUCGCGAGGCCAAAUGCCUCAAGAAUUUUUGGAAUCUCAAAUCUGCAAAAAUGGCCCUCACUGGCUUUCUCAGGAGGAAAGACACUGGCCUGCUAAAAUUCACGUAGAAGUAGCACCGCCUAAACGAUCUUUUAUCGCCGCGCCAAUUAACGUGAAAGUCGUACUCGAAAGAAAAAAUCUUCUCGAAAAAUAUAGUUCCAUGGCCAAACUUCAGCGCCACAUCGCCUAUCUACUUCGGUUUGUAAACAAUUUAAAAAACAAAACUAAGAAAUGUAUUGGUCCUCUCUCUGAAGAAGAACUUGAUUCUUCAGCUCGGCGUAUAAUUGAACUCACACAAUCAGCUGAAUUCUCGAAAGAAAUCACUCAUUUAAAAAAUAGCGAAAAAAUAGAUGAUCGUAGCCGUCUAAUUCCUUUGAACCCAUUCGUCGAUAAUCAGGGAAUUCUCAGAGUUGGCCGUAAGGUUGUUCACUCGGAACUGUCCUAUGAUCAAAAACAACCCAUUUUAUUGCCGUCAAAUCAUCACAUUACUCGACUAUUAAUUCGCGAAGAGCACUUGAGGCUUAAGCACGCGGGCGCUCAAGUCACCUUAUAUUCGGUUUACGAGCACUACUGGCCACUAGAUGGACGUAAGGUACGCACUCCGCAAUCUUUUCGACCAUUUCUUAAUGUCGGGGUUGAUUACUGUGGUCCACUGUACAUCAAGGAAAGACGCUUUCAGAAUCGAAAAAGGAUUAAAGUUUAUGUCGCGAUUUAUGUUUGUAUGGCCACUAAGGCUGUCCAUCUUGAACUAGUCAGUGAUUUGACAACAGAAGCUUUUAUUGCUAGCUUAAAAAGACUUUUUUCUAGGAGAGGAAAAUCGAAAUCUAUCUAUUCCGAUAACGGAAAAAAUUUCGUCGGGGCUAAUCGCGAGCUCAAUGAACUUUACCAAUUGCUUCUCUCGGCUGAGCAUAAUAAGAACGUUCAGCAAUUCUUGAUAAAUGAAAGAAUCACGUGGCAUUUAAUACCUCCCGAAGCACCACAUUUCGGUGGUCUUUGGGAGGCUGCCGUGAAAUCCUUCAAACACCAUCUUUUGCGCACGAUCGGAGACACUUUACUGACAUAUGAGCAACUUGAAACUUGUAUAAUUGAAAUAGAAGCAGUUCUAAAUUCUCGUCCUAUUUCCCCUAUGUCUGCCGAUCCUAACGUCCUUCGUCCUUUGACUCCUGGUCACAUCCUAGUUGGUGGUCCAUUAGCAAGCAUUCCCCAGAUAAACCUCUCGGACACGCCUUCCAAUCGCUUAUUGGCUUGGGAGCACACUCAAAAAAUGCGGGAGCAUUUUUGGAAGAGAUGGGGUUCGGAAUAUCUGAACCAGCUCAUCGUUCGUAGCAAAUGGCCACUUAACUCCAGCCAUUGUAUCAAAGUCGGAUCCAUGGUAAUGAUCAAGGAAGAUGAAAUCACUCCUCCACUGCAGUGGGCAGUAGGCAGAGUCAUUGCUGUCCAACCAGGCGAGGAUGGAAUCAUCAGAUCAGCUACUAUAAAGACUGUUAAGGGAGAGUAUAAGCACGGAAUUAAAAAGCUCUUUCCCCUUCCUAUCGAGUCUCCAGUAUCUACCAACGAAUAA